CUCUGCCCACGUAGAUAAACGACGAGCAGGUCCCAGACGGGCAGAUUGUGUUCGCCAGUAUUCAUUGAGGGCACACAUUGUAAGGACGUUAUUUUUUGCUUUUAAUGCUGCUCUAAAGUUGCUAUAAUCGCUACAGGAUGACGACAUCCCCAUGGGACUACUUUUACUCCACAAGCUGCUGCUUGUGCUGUCAUGUCCGCACAGGUACCAUCAUUCUGGGGGUCUGGUACAUGCUCAUCAACGCUGUGGUGUUACUCAUCCUGCUCACAGCACUCGGUGAUCCUGAGCAGUACCACCUGACCAGUUCUGACUUGGCUAAUGACUUGGACGUCAUGGAUGAUGCCAAUAUGUGCAUCGGCUCAGCCAUAUCUCUGCUGAUGAUACUCAUAUGUGGGAUGGCAACAUAUGGUGCAUACAAGUUGCGUGCUGCCUGGAUCAUCCCGUUCUUCUGCUAUCAGAUCUUUGACUUUGCACUCAAUACCCUCGUUGCUGUGAGCAUUGUGGUCUAUCCAAACACGAUACAGGAUUACCUGCAGCAGUUGCCUGACAAUUUUCCCUACAAAGAGGAGAUUGCAGCUCUCAGUAAUGUGUGCAUGGUCCUCGUCGUGCUGCUCUUCAUCAGCUGUAUUCUAGCUUUCAAGGCUUACCUGCUAGCAUGCGUGUGGAACUGCUACAGAUACGUGUGCAGCCGCGGCACUGCAGAAAUCCUGCUCUAUGUUACAACCAAUGACACAACGGUGCUUCUUCCUUCAUAUGAUAGCAGCGUCCGUGUUCCGACUAAACAGGGUGCCCCUCCAUCCUCUUCCGCAGUGACAGCAUGAGAACAUUCCCAACAUCCCUCUGACUUGAGUCUGGUGUUUCUACAAUCCAUGUGUGCACCUCGCUGCCUCUUUGGUGUCUUCUAAACUCAUAUCACACACAUUUUGUAUCAACAAAGCCGUCACGCACCACCAUUGUGUACAUCGUAUAAUGUGACCUUAACAAUCAGUCAUACAGACUAUAAUUAACAUCGUCAGUUCUGCGUUUGAAGUUUGGUGACAUUAUAUCAUUAUGAAUAGACAAAGAUAUAUUUUUAAUAAUGCUGUGUUUGCUGUGUGUGUACAUGUACUGUAAUUGUACUAUGUGAGACCCACAUGUCCACUUUUGUAUUUAAGCAAAGCAACUCAUGUUCUUAGUAAAGAGUGAAUGGUUGCCGUGUUGUGUUUCAUCCUGUCUCUGCUUUUAUUUAUGCUGGGCUGCACCUUAAGAUAAAACGUUUAUUUUGACUGGUGAGAAACCAGUGGUGUUUUACAGUUACUGUAAUGUCGUCAUCGGGCCUCUGUGUUACGAGUUGUGUUUUCUCAACGAAGCCAGUGGUCUACAAUAUGGAAAAACACACGUCUCUUUCUGCUGAUACGCUUAUUGGAAAAAAUGUCCUGAUGUGAUGUGCAAUCAAAGUGAAACACAGAUGUUUUUUUGCUCAUUAAACUCAA